AUGUCUGGCUUAGCCUAUAUUCGACCAACACGGAGCACCACCCUCCUCCGUCUAGGCAAUCAAAGCCUACGACCACAACACGCCAUCCGGUCCUCGCAAAUGGCAGCUCGCAGCCUACACAGUCUCACAACCACCACUAAAAUCCGCCCGACAACUCAUCGAACAUCAGUCCCAUCAUGCAUCCCACAAACAACAAUCCGAAGCUACGCAGACCUUAACGGCUCCACCGGCAAAGCCGAAGCAGACCUCCUAAUCGAAGAACUGCAAGAACUUUACGAAAUAGCCAAAGACGAAUUCGAAAUCGCAACCGAGAGCACUGAUACCGGAACUAUCUAUGCAGCUUCGGAUCGGGAAUCUGCGCGCGAUGCGUUGAACCAGUUGUCCGCUGUUUACCAUCUGUACACCGCGCGUCCAGGGGAGGUUGAGAGUGAGAGUGAAACUGGAAAUGGAAAUGGUGUUGCGGCUGACGCUGCCGAGGAUGAUGGUGAUGGGCCUAUUAUCGAGACUAAUUAUGACCCUGCCGAAGUGCCGCGUGGCGUGAAGGAUGAGGUGCGGAGACGGGUUGGACAGCGGAUUCGGGAGUUGAAGAAUGCUAUUGAGCUGUUGGAGGAGAGGGCUCAUGAGGAGUAG